GCCGCUGCCUGUUUUUGGAUUAUAUGUCUGUUGUAUAUUUAUAUGAAGUGAGCUCUUCAUAUUAGAGUUGUUUACUGCUUAAAGACCGCGGUUUCUGUUAGAUAAAUAGUGCUUUAGAGUGACAGCGUAGCAAGGGUGGUGCAAGGAAAUAUGUAAACGCCGCAGUUUAAAAACUGACAGUUUCAGAUCGACAGUAGAAAAGCACAGUUCCAGCUGGGGAACCUGCGGAGUCAGUUUCAGCAGGAGGGUGGGGGAGGUGAAGAGAUGGAUCUGGUGACUGGGGAGGGCCAAGAUGCCCUCCCAGUCUUGGAGGGGGAGGUCUCGUCCUCGACGAGCGAUGAGAGGGGGGCGGCGGGACCCGACCCCCUGGUGCCACCUCCGGAGGCCGGCGAACAGAUGGUGGUGUCCGAAGCCGGAGUGUUUCCCCAGCAGGGCUUGGAGGAGCAGGAGGUGGAAGAGGAAGUGCUGGAUGGCUCGGUGAUGGGUGACGUCGUAAGCGGUGUGCCGUCACUGUCACCAGACACGUCCGAAUCUGCUCUCGAGUUGUUGUGCCAGCCAUUUGAACCCGGCCAGAGUGGUUUAGGUGAUCUUACGGAUUCGUGCUUGGACUUCAUUGUGCACCUGCAACCUGAAUGUCAGGUGGAGGGCCCUUCAGUGGAAGUAGCGACCGUGGAGGAGCUACUGUCGGAGGAUGGCUGCAACAUUGACCCCGUGCUGGUGGGUGACGGCGCUCUGGAUGAUGAGAGUGUCCUCAUCAGCACCACUGUGGGGGAGGCAGAGCUGGCAAUACUGCAAUGGGGCGAGGGCGACGACCAGGCCUGCGAGGAGGUGGUGGCCACAGCCGGUGCCAUUCCUACCAUUGGCUCAGAUGCACUCCUCUCCGACGACUCGCAGCAGUCACUAUCGAGCCAGCUGCUUGGGCGGGGAGACGAGGAUGGUGAUCCGGCGGUAGUUGCUGCCGGUAUCCGGCAUAUGUCCGGGCUUCCACCAGACAGCACUACUGCCCCAGAAGCCAACAACAACACGAUCGAACGUUCACUGUUGGAGAUAUUUGCUACCGAAGAAGUGGUCUCGACAACUGGCAAUGGGAGUGACGAAGGCUCUGCAUCUGGCUCAGUGUCCCCCCUGGUGUCGACGAGCCACCAGCUACCAAUUUCAGGAACCGUUUCCACCACCACCUUGCGUCCUUCAGCAGCUGCAUCAUCACGGGUUUCAGCAUUGCUGUGUGACCAAUCUGCAAACUCAGGAAUUGUCCAGCGGCCGCUUAGGCAGAGCCAAGAAGUGUACAUAUCAGUUUUGCCAGGACAGUCUGAUAACUCUGUCUCAGGUACGAGAGAUGAGAAUGUUGUGCAGCAGUUGCCAACGUCUGAGACUCGAGAUGGUCAAUGCACCCAGUCAGGGACACGAGACAAUGAACUCGGUGCACAGCAGAUUGAAACUGGUGAAUGCAGCCAGUCCGGUAUUGCACAGGGUGUGCCAGGAAGCAGUUCCGCUGACAGCCUGAAUGCUGUUAGCACACCUUCUGUGAGAAUCUCCGAAUCAGCCCAGGCGGACGAGUGUACACAGUCGAGAGCGAUGGACGCAGAUGCGGCAGUAAACACGAAUGCCGAAGUUCCGCAGGCUGAAGAAUGUACACAGUCUGGAAUACCGAGAGGAAUGAUGAGGGUCCCCGAAUUGGUUCGAGAAGAGAGUAGUGACACUGGCAGAGCUGGAGACACUCAGGGAGACGAAUGCACUCAGUCUGAGGUGUCCGCCACAGAAUCGAGGAGCAGACAUGAUUCCGACGGCUCUUCAGAGCACUAUGGUGGAAGAGAAUCCCACGAAGCGGUCACAGAGAGUAGCGAACACGUAGUACGGAUUGCCGCUGAGCCGAGCGAGCCUUCUGUAAGCAGUGUCAGAUUGCCAGAGGUGCCAGAUGUAUUGAAUACUGUAGCAGAACCCAGUGGAGUCGGCCGGGCUGAGGUGGUGCAGAGUGCGGCGGCAGAAUCGAGUGGAGGAGGAGAGAUCGUGCGGAGGAUGGCCGAACCAAGCAGUGAGACUGAAUUGCUUAGAACGAGGCCCAGUAACCGGCAAGAUAGCGCGAUCUGCAGUGCACUUCAGGAGCAGCCCAGCAGUUCGGGUCGGAGGAGAGAUUUUGUAGAAUCAGUUCAAGAUUACAGCCAAGUCGAGUGCUCUACAGGAAAGAGGCCACGUACUGGAGAAUCGAGCCCAGAUAGUCGUAUUUCACAGAGCUCGUCAUCAGUAGUUAAGAGAGACAAUGUGUCUUCGAGUGGGAGCAGACAGUUUACAGGAAGUAAAGGCAGAAGUGGAGAUGUACCGUCUACACCGAGGUCUGGGGUCUCUAGUACGUCUACUACAUCAUCUGGGAGAGGUCAGGGUGGGGCCGGGAUAUCUAGCAGCUCUUCAGCACACAAACUACCGUCUGGCACCAGAGCUGGCCCUUCGUCUACAGAGGGCGGCACGAGGCACCAUGGUGCUGGGCCUUCUGGCGUACGAGAAACUUCGGAAGCGAAUGCAAAGUUGUCCUCACCUGUUGGAAGUUCGAGAAGCGACAUCAAAGUUCCUGGAGUUUCAGGUAAUGUGAGGCACAAAGGGAGUGGCGGAAUAGAUGGAGAGAAUCGAGGAAAUGCUGCAGGGAAGCCACAGGUGGCACAGGGAGCUUCCCAGAGCAUUAGCUCACUCGCUAGGUCACAACCUCAUAUUCAGAGGGCAGAAUCUCCUUCAGAACGAGCCACAUUAAAUCCGCAAGCUACAGGCGUACUAAAGCUGCCUUCUAAAAGGCCUCUGACUGUGGAAGAUUCUAGUGGACUGUCAGAAGUGAAGCGGCGCCUGUCCAGUGAAAGUGCAGCCGGGCCUACAGUGCCCUUGCUGUCAAUACCGCUGCCUCCUGAGCAGGGAACUUCAUCGAAAACUUCACAAAAUGUGCAGUCGACAGCAAAAGUGACGGUUGUACCUACAGAUAGAGCUAGGCCUCCAGUGCCCUCACCACGACCUCAGAUUUCAACCAUUCAGCCACCAGUGUCUGCACACAGUAGUAGGAUGCCUUCACCGGCACCGAGAUUUUCUGUGAAGGGGCCAGAACUUCCCGCUUCACAUAAACCAAUUUCGUUCACCUUGUCAAAAACUGGUCUGAAGAAAACAGUGGAACACCCGACAGGCGAAAGUGGCAGCUCUGCACAAUCUGCAGCAAGAUUACCUGAGAGAGCAUCCACUUUCCAGAAGAAAAAGGCUGCAGAUCAACCAGAAGAGCCUGAGGCAUUGAAGCCUGGAGCUUCUGACAGAGAUCCCUCAGAGCAGAAUAAAAGGGAAAUAGAACAGACUGAUGGGAAUGAGACCCAGAGGACUGGAGUUCCUGGAAGUAGUGAGCAAACCCCAGAGAAAAAAUUGGAAAGUGUUGUGGAAACAAUUGAAGUAUCUGAAAUUCCUUUGCCUGCUGGCAUUCCAGCACCUCGUGAACUUAAGGUACAAGCUGCUCUACCACCUGCUUCGGAAUCUACUUUUCCUAAUGUCACUGAUGUUGCAAGCGUUCCUCUUCCACCAGAAAAGCCGGUUUCUGGAAAGAAAGAUGUUUCAUUGUCUCUGGAUGUUGCCCCAUCGCUCGACGUGUCUGUAGAAGAGAUUCCCAUACCAGGAGAAACUGGGAAGGGUACAGAGCCAAGUUCAGCAACUGUAAAACAGGGAGAGAGAUCGCCAACAAGUAGAACCUCACAGGCAGAAAACUCAUCUUCUCAAACAGAAGGGAAGGUACCAUCUCGGCUAUCUAGUCCCUUUGACUUGGCUCCAUAUGACAUUCCGUUGCCACCAGUAGAAAAACACACUUCUCUUUCCUCCUCUCUGGCUAAGCCACAGUUGGGGGAAGCUGGGGCUGAACUCCAGAGUCCAGCAAAACCGUCUACAACACCAGAAUAUAAACAGUCAUCAGAUGAGAAAUUGGAAAGUGUUGCAGAAUCAGAUGAGCCUGGUCCUUCAUCGAACCAGGUAAAAAGGAGCAUUUCGCAGCCUGCAGAAACUGAGGUGAAAUCACCAAGCGCAACUAUGUUGCAAACUGUAGAUAAAUCUUCAGCUGCAGUUCCAAAAACUAAAGUGGAUAGUAGACACACACCAAGUGAUACAAGCAGUGCAGCUUCAAAACCGGUAAUUGAUGGAGAUGGCAAACAGAAUCCAAAUCUCAGCACCAAGGUCUCGCAGCCCUCUGGUCCAUUGACAGAAACUGUUCCUAGUGUUGAGCCCUCACAAGAUGACUUGCAAAAAACCUCUUCGGAACUGAAAUCUGUUUUAUCAGAAGCAAAGCCAGUUGCUAAGCUGAGGCCUGUUUCAUCCAACCCUCCAGCAGUCGAAGAACUGGGCAUCGGAAUUGACAGUGAAAGCAGAAACUCUCUACAAAUAGCAACUCGUGAAACUGCCUCACCACCACCUGAAGCUGACAAGUAUGUCAGUUUAUGUCAAACAGAAAACACUAGCUCUCUCAUAGAGGAAAAGAAGAACAAUAUCCCUUUUGAGGGAGAGAAAUCGGUGGAGGAUAGUGCCGGGGUCCAAAUUGAUACUGAGGUUAAAGAAGUAACUCUCCUUCAAAGCACCACCAAAGUGAGUACUUCUCUCUGUUCCACAGAACGGUUAGAAAAUUCAUCUGUUGGUGAAUGCCUCCCUGCAGAUCAGAACCCUGCCGAGGACUCCGAGAAGAGAAAGGUGCCAUUUGUAAAGGCCGAUGUCAAUUUAGAGCAGCCCAUUUCAGAUCCUACGCAUAGAGUACUCAAGACUAGGAAAGAUGACUGCCAGACUUCCCCAUUGGCACCUGCCCAUGCCUGUAGUGUGCCAAAAUCAGCUGUUUCCUCAGAAUCAAAAUUAGCCAAUUCAGGUGACAUAGUGAACAGAGAGGUUACACCAAGAAGUGAGUUGCCCAUUGGAGCUCCAACCAGUCAAGUUGUAUCUCAUCCUCCUCUAGAGGAAACUGCAGUGCAGAAAAGCAAGCCUGCAUCAGAGGAGCAUCGAGCUGAGAAGCUGUUCGAUUCUUCUAUGGCCCCAUCAUCUGAAGGAAGUGAAAGAGAGAGGUUUUCAGACCUAAAAGAUGAGCAAACAGAGGGACCAGACAACACUGUUAAAGAUGUCUCUAAAGGUAACACUGUGGAAGUGCAGAUGAUGCUAGAAAAGCCGGAGGAGAGUAUGGAGGAAGUCGCACCUGUCGAAAUGGCCGUGAGGCAGGACUCCCGUCUGGAAAAGAGCCCGAAGGAUUGUAGCUCAGGGAAGAGUGUAAAAGUGCAAGAGGAUAAGCAGAAACAAAGUGAAGAUUCAUUAGCUGCCACGUCUGCUGAAAAUGACACUAAUUCUGAAACUGAAUUACAGAGUCAAGCUGAGGUGAAGUCUGCCCCACAGCAGGAGAACUUGGAAAGCCAGAAGGAAACAUCUGCACAAAGCUCAUUUCAUGAAGCAGUCGGCAAGGGUGCAGUCUCGGCAGUCAGUCAAGAAGUGUUGAAAAAGGCUACGGUGGAACUGUCUGUGGCAGAAAAGACACUUCAACGCAUGCAGCCUAUUAGGGACAAUUCCGGCCCUGCUGUGAAGGAGACAAAAGUUGAGAUGCCUGCUCCACUGACGUCUUCACCACAGAUGCGAAAACCUGCAAAUGUAGACGUGAAGAGACUUGGCGUCCCGAAGAAAAUGCCAGAAAAUAACUCGGCAGCCAUUGCGGCAGAGAAGAAUUUGGCCUCUAUAACAGAUUUGGGCAAGGGAAGAGGUCAGAAAAUGGACGUGCCAACUUCAGAAAGAAAGCUAAAAUCAGUUCACAUCCGUGGGUCUUCACCUUCUGCCGUACAGAGUGCAGAUGCAAAAACAAAGAUCCAGAAAAUUGGUAGUCAGAGGACUCCAUCUGAUGCCUCAUCUUCAAAAGCAACUGUUGGAACUCCCACAACUUCACAAACGACUACAAAGUUGGAAGUGCAAGGUAAAGCUGAACCCACUACAGCACAGGUGACUCCAAAAUUGAAAGUGGUGGGUAGGCCUGAAGUGGUGAAAACCCCUUCUAGCCCUUCUGUACCCAAACGAGCAACAGAGAGUCACAGCAGCUCAUCUAUAACUGUGAAGAAAGAGGUUUCGAGGUCAUCAACAGGAGCUUCGCAGUCGUCACAAGUAGGGAUGAUGGCUGCCAAGGUGCCUCCAUUUCGAGAACAGAUCAGAAGAACACAAACCGAGCAACAUGUAAAGCCGUCAUCUAGUGGUGUUUUGAAGUUACCUCUUAGUGUUUCACCCUCUAAAACAUCACAGGUUCAGACCUCAUCAAAAGUGCCACCACCUGAGGGUUCGGUACCACCGAGUGGCCAGUUAUCAUUGAGUCGGGCUCCAAGUAGAUCACCGCCUGUGCAACCGCAAGGUCUUAAGUCAGCAGUGGAUAAUACUCGACAAAUGCCAGUGGUGAAGAAAAUAAGUUUUGGUACUCCACCUUCUUUGGCAGAAAAGAAAAAGUUAACAAAUCUUCCUUUCCAGUCUGUUGGAAACACUAGUGCAGGAGCCUCCUCAGCACUGAAGGGGCUUGUCACUAAACCUGUUGGGGGCAGCGACAAGAGCCAGAAAAUAAAUUUCGGAAAGAAAGAACCCACAGAAGAGAGGACGGAUGUGAGCGGCGAACGUCAGCCACCUGUAGACAAAAAAAUUGGCACAUAUGUACAGAAAAAAAGUACGCCUUCAUGUUCAUUGGUCCGUAAAAGCCCUUCAGUUCCAGAAAUGAAAGAAAUUGUGCCAGGAAGUUAUUCACCAUUAAAAAAGUCUGUAUCCAUGACUGAUUUCUCGGCCAGUGCAGCACGAGAAGAAAAUCCAGAUGUGCAGAGAUUUGCAGAAGUAGGUGGUGGUGCUAAGAAGCCAUCAAUCCGUAGUUUACACAGUGACACAACAGCUGCCAAGCAGUCAGAUGUGAAAUUCUCAUUUAAGGAGAAACAGGCGUUGCCAUCUAAGGCUGCACCCUCCCUCUCACAGCCGAGUUGUAUUAAAACUGCUGAGAAGCGGAAGAGUGCGGGAGAUGGGGUCAGUGUUAAAGGCAGUGAUAGUGCAAAAGUAGCAAAAGUGGUCUCAACUGUGCCCAAAGCACAAGGUACUGUAAAGGUGCAGAUGUUUGGAACGAAGCAGAAAACUUUGGACACCCCUUCAGUGUUAGGUGUCGAAAAAGAGUCACAGAGUAAGUUGUUGAAGGAAGCCUUGAAAGAUUCCUCAGAAAAAUGUGAUACUCAACAGGUAUCUAGUGAGCAAGCUACUGAAACAGCCAGUCUCACCCAAAAACCAGAAACUUUAGUAACAUCACCCGCCAAGGAGCUUAAGAGUGGUAUGGAAGCAGGAGUUAGCAAGUUUUUUAAAGAAAAAGAUGCGCUGGAGGAAAUAGCUACGGGGGAACAGUUUCUUCCUUCAACAGUCACUGCAACAAAACCAGCUGAUGUGGACCCUGUGUGUCUGGACAUAUCACAAAAUGUUACAGACAGAAAAACUGCUACCAUCGUAAAACCACAAGUGACUGUAAAAGGAGAGAAACUUUUUGAAAGCUUGUCCAAGGAAAAGAAAAUUGUUACUGCUGAAAUAAGAAGAACAGAGCACCACUCGGUAAUUAAGAAAUCUCCAUUCAAAGCACAAAUUGUAGAGCCAUCUGUUACAAAGCUGCUGACAGCUGAUGCAGAAAGCCCUCAAAGUACAUCAGCUGCAAAUACAGGAUCAUUUUUAAAUAAACAAAAGCCCUCUAUCGUUGCACCUAGAGCUCUGAAACAGUUGAUGGAUGCUUAUGGUGAUGAGGAGUCACAGGAUUCUGAAGAGCUAUCUGAAAUAUAUUCAGAGAAAUCAAGCUCUUAUGGUCAAUCAAUUGAAGAAAAGGUCUCUGACAAAAUUUCUCAAGACUUUGCAUACAAGUUGGUUGAGAAAUCUGUCAAAGUAGAUGCAACUUCAUCUCAAAAAACUCAGAGUGUACAAGGGAGUAAAGGAACAGAAGAGGACGAAAACAUCUCGACCAGUCCUGGACCUAAGUCCUCCAUUGAUUUACCGGAAGGUAGGGGCAUACAAGGAGCACCAGAUGUCUCCGAAGCAUUACUGCCUUUGGAACAGAAACAAAAAACCGAUGGCAUGCCGAAGGCAAAAAGUCAGCUUCCUGAAAAAGUUGCAGUAAAUAAAUCGGGCACAAUUAGUUCUGUACUCCCAGCUUCAAGUAUCAGUAAAGAGAAGGAUAAAACAUCACAGCAGGAUAAAGUGGAGACCAGUGAGGUCACUGUAGAUAUUGAUCACCCGUCCACAAGUUCAUUGGAAGCAUCACCAACUAUUGGUAAAAGGAAACCACCAUCAACUGUAAUUGUGAGUGAAUCAGAUGUUUUGCAGAAAAUGUCAGCAUUUAAUAAGCAGGCAAAUGUGUCUUCUCCAAUAGUUGAAAGUAAGGAACCUAAAAAAACAAAUCUUUCAGUGGCAGAUGCAAAAGAAACUGAUGAAGCUGUGUCAAAAAAAUCACAAAAUAUACAACCGUCUGCAAUGGAUAAUACAGACUUUAUGUUGACAGAACCCUCAAAGACAGACAUUUCUAAAUCAGCUGAUAAAAUGCAACCAGAUUUGAUUGACAGCAAGGGGCAGGAAGACAAAACGAAGUCAAGUGUGGCGGUGUUUGAAGACAUAUCUCCAUUAGUUGAAGAGAUGGUUAAAAAGGCUGUAGCUGAAAAGAAUGAUCCUGAAUCAAAUUUAAAAAUUAUCUCAGAAACUCUUGGAGAUAAGAAAGAGCACACUGUAGUAAAAGAAAAGAGUACUGAGGGUGCCGAUGCUCCUUCUGAUAGUAGAAAAGUGCCAGAGACAGUAAAGGUGACAUCAAAGGAGAAAUCAGAAAAGGGACCGAAAGAAAACAAGGAGGAAACUCCAAUGCCACAGAAUGACAAUGAAACAGAAACUUCACCAUCUGAGGCAGUUGUUAAAGCAAAGACUUCAGAGCGAUCUAGUAAAUGUGAUACAAAAGCAAGUGAAGCUGAAACAGUGAGUGCAGGGGCGGGUCAACCUAAGGAGAUUAUUCCAGAACCAACUCCAGAAUCAUCUGAAGAAACAGACCGCAGGAAAAGUACUUCAGUGGUGACAUCUGUCAAACAAAAAUGUGAAAUUUCAGCAUCAGUACCUGAACGUAAACGUUCCACAGAUGGACCAAAGGCACCCCCAAGGCACACUGAACCAAAGGCUAGCACGAUACAUGAAGAACAAUGUAUCCCUCAGAUAAUGGAACAGAAAACUGAGCCUUUGAAAAGAAAGCAAACAGUUGUUGAGAAGCUGCAGAAAGCUGCUGUUGUGGAAACAAAAGAAACAGUAAAACGACCUGAAAUGAGGCUCAGUGUUCAGUCUGUGAAGAAGGAAACUGAAAUUCAUUCCAGUGCCAGGAAGGAAAUACUGAGCACACUAGUGGAAGCUGAUGAAUCACAGAAAAGUCCUCCAGAUACAGAGAAUGUGCAAAUAAAAGAAGAAACUAGAGAGCCAUUGCCAGCAGCAGAAGCAAAGGACACUGUUAUCAAAGCGGAAAUAAAACAUAGUGCUCAUCCUACAGGUAGAAAGCUGACUCCUCCACUGGAAGAAACAGCAAGUCAUUCUGCAGAUGCCAAAGAAAAACUGAGUACUCUGUCUCCAACAGGUAAAAUGGAGAGAAUUCUAUCAGGGUGUGCUGAUAGAGAAGCUAAAGCUAAUCUAAAACCAUUGCCACCAAAAACUGAAUCACUUGCUCCUGAAGCUGAAUUAAAAUCAGCUGAACAAUCACAAGAAGAGAAGUGGCCAGCAUCCCCAACCAAAGUUGAAAUUAGGUCUGCUAUCAGCAUGGAAAAAUUAAGUGUGUUACCAGCCCAAACUAUAGAAAAAAUUCCACAAAAGAGUAUGGAUGUGAGAAUGGAAGCAAUUCAGAAAGCAACAAAAGAAAAAAUAUUUGGGUCUGAAUUAAAAACUGAUGCUGUGCCUGUGGAGCAAAAGAGGGCAAUGGUGGCACAGAAAAGUGAAAUUAGUCAUUUCGUUGCCAAAGAAAAUGUUAGCACCUUACCAGCGAUAGAUGCAACAGAAAAAAAAUUGCCAGAAAUCUCUGGCAUUAAAGUAAUUGAAGGGAAGCAAAAACCAAUUUGCACAGAGGUAAAAUCAACUGCACCUAAACUUGAAUUGAAACCAAAAGGACAUCAUGAAAAGAUUCAGAUGUCUCAGUCAUCAAAACCAGGUGUUCUUAAGUCUGGAUCAGUAAAGGAAAAUCCUAUAACAAUAUCACAUGCAAGCAAAAUGGAGAAAAUUUCAUCUGAAAGUUGUGAUACUAAAAUGGCCAAAGAAAAACAGACAUCUGUUCCAAAACAGGUUAAAGCAUCAGUGCCCAGUUCUGAAUUAAAAUCUGCUGCACUGCACAAAAAAGAAGAGCUGGAAUCUUCCUCCAAAAAGAAAACUGAAACUAAGCCAGAUACUGUUGAGGAGAAAGCAAGUAUGUCAUUGAUGAAAGAUCUCAGCACAGAUUCUGUAGACAGAGUUGAAAACAACUCAGUUACACAAACCGCAGAAGUUUCUGAGAAGCUUGAUAAUAUUUCUCUACAAGUAAGACCACCCGUUUUGUCACCAUCAGAACAGAGAAAACCACAAACUGGUAAAAAAGAAAUAAUUAAACAGAAGAAUGGCUCAAAGGAGCAAAGAGAGAAAGAAGACAAGACUGAGAGUCAAAUGCCAGCUCCCAUUAAAGAAGAUUCUUUGAGUGUAACUGUAGGCUCAAAAGAUCCAGAGUUAAUUUCUUCUCUGGCAAUUCUGAAUGUUAUCUCUACAAGCAAAAUAGAUAAUAAGGGGAUGCCUUCGGUUAAGGACAGGGGUAGUUCAGAGAUAAGUACAUCAGAAACUCUUGUUGUCUGUUCAAAGGACGUUUCACAUAAAGUCGUGCCAGAGGUGUCUGCUAAGAAAAUUGAAACAGAGCAAGGUGCUACUAUGAAAGAACGGCAAAUAACAGGGUCUUCAGUGUCAAGCUGGAAACCAGUUGCUUCAAAAGGGGUUUCUGAUCUUCAUGAGUUAACUGAGACAGAAAGAGUGGAGAAGCUUCUGCCCAAAACAGAGGAAGACAAGUUAGUUCCAGAUAGGGUGAGGGGUGAAGCUACAAAGCCUGCAACAAAUCUUGCAGCUCUCAAGGAAAAGCCACAUACUUCCAAAGAAACAGAAUAUGCUCAAGGGACAAACACGGCAGCUGUUGAGGACAGAAUGAAAACCAAAACUGAAGACAUUUGUGGUGGUCAAGAGAAAUCGGUGAAGAUGUCAGAGGACUUAACGGCCGUGUUGUCUUCAAAGGAGUCUUUGAAUAAAGAGAGACUGAAGGAUGCUCCAGAGAAAGUUAAAGUUGAAACUAAAUUAGAGGAAAAGAAAGGUGAAAGAAGUAAAAUAGAAGAGACAGUGUUGAAAACAAAGGAAGAUGACAAUGUCUCAAAGUCUGAUGAGAAAUCUGCUGAAACAAAGUAUGAUGACAAAGGAGAUUUUAAGUUAAGACAGACUGAGGUUAAACAUUCAGCAUCUGGCUCACUUACGGUGAAUACAGACGUCUGUGUUACUAAAGAUAAGAAGCAGACCACAAAUGAGACUGAGACGAUAGCCAUGACAAAGAAUGAAAAAGCGGAUGUAGUGAAAGGUAAACCUAGUGUGUUGAAGGUAUUUGCAGGGAAAAAGUUUCUACAGGAAAGUGUUGUGACUGAAAAAAGUAAUGUAAAAGAAGAUACUGAUUCUCGUGAAACAAGUGAUGGCUUGAAAGUUGUUGACAAACAUGAGGAAAUCAUCACAGGUGAUGAAAAGGCUAUAGAAAUGUUAAAACCUUCACCUGAAGCUCCUAUUGUAGUUGAGAAAGCUGAGGGUAAGCAUUUUCUGUUGGACAAUGUGCCAAAAGUGGAUACCGAAGAAAAACUGAAGCACUCUGAAAAAACCCUAAAAAAGGUUGUAAGCUUAGAGGAGGCCUUGCUACCAGAUGAAGGUCAAGAAAAGAAAGCAGAUUCAUACCUAAAGGAUUCCAAGUUGGUGGGUAAAGAGAAAUUGACAGAUACUUCAGUUUUGAAGGAUACAGAGAGCACUGGUAAGCAAGUUGACACAGCGGUAACAAAGUCUGAUUCAUCACUUGAACACAGUGGAAGCAAAGCAGAUAAGUCUGUGAAGAAGUCAGUCAGUGAGAAGGAAAUUACUCGAGAAGGAUCACUUGAUCGAGCACAGUUGGCCAAAAAUAAAAAAGGCUUUGUACAAACUAAUGAUCCUGUGAGUAGGAAACAGGGAGACGAUAAAUUGGGGAAGAAACCAGCUGAUGAGAAGGAAGGUGCUCAACAACUUGGACCUCAUCAUACUGCUGAAAAUAAACAGAAAGAGGAUAAAUUAGCAAAGGUAUUGGUGGACCAGAAGGGAUAUUCUCAGGAACUCGGACCGGAACAAGCCACUGAAAAUAAACAGGAAGAGGAUAAGCCAGAAAAGAAACCAGUAGACAAGAAAAAAGGUGACCAAGAACUCAGGCCAGAUCACACCACUGAAAAUAAACAGGAAGAGGAGGACAAAUUGGGAAAGAAACUAAUUGACAAGAAGGAAACUAAUCAAGAACUCAAAGAUCAGGCUAUUGAAAAUAAACAGGAAGACGAUAAGCCAGCAAAGAAACCAGCUGACAAUAAGAAAGGUGACAAAGAAGUCAGACCAGAUCAGAUCAGUGAUGACAAACAAGAAGAGGGGGGCAAAUCGAUAAAGAAACCAGUUGGCAAGGAGGAAGUUAGUCAAAGACCAGUUCAGGAUGCUAAAGAUAAACAGCAAGGUGACAGGUCAGUAAAGAAACAGGUUGACAAGAAAAAAGGCGACCAAGAGAUCAGACCUGGUCAAACCACUGAAAAUAAACAGGAAGAGGAGGACAAAUUGGAAAAGAAACCGGUUGAAAAGAGAGAAUUUAGUCAAGAACUCGGAGAUCAGGCUACUGGAACAAAGAGGCUAGAGGGUAAGUCAGGAAAGAAACCAGCUGACAACAAGAAAGGCAACCAAGAACUCUUGGCAGAUCAUAUCCCUGAAAAUAAACAUGAAGGGAAGGACAAAUCUACAAAGAAACCAAUUGACAAGGAGGAAGUCAUUGAAGAACUCGGAGAAAAUCACACUACUGUAAGUGAACAAAAAGAGAAUAAGUCAGUAAAGAAAUUAGUCGACAAGAAAAAAGGUGAACAAGAUCUCGGGCCAGAUCAGAUCACUGAAAAUAAACAGGAAGAGGACAAAUCGAUAAUGAAACCAUUUGACAAGGAGGAAAUUAGUCAUGAACUUGAACAAGAUCAGGCAACUGAAAAUAAGCAGCAAGUGGGUGAGUCAGUGAAGAAACCAGUUGAUAAGAAAAAAUGUGACCAAGAACUCGGAGUUGAUCACACCACUGAAAGUAAACUGGAAGAGGAGGACAAAUUGGGAAAGAAAACAGUUGACAAGAAGGAAAUUAGUCGAGAACUCGGACAAAAUCGGACAAAUGAAAAUAAACAGCAAGAAGAUAAGUUGGUAAAGAAACCAGUUGACAAGGAAAAAAGUGACCAGAAACUCGGACCAGAUCAGAUCAGUGAAAAUAAAUGGGAAGAGGCGGCCAAGUCGAUAAAGAGACCCCUUGACGAGGAAGAAGGUAGUGAAGCACUCGGACCAGAUCAGGUUACUGAAAAUAAACAACAAGAAGUUAAGUCAGUAAAGGAACCAGUUGAUAAGAAGCAAGGUGACCGAGAAUUCAGACCAGAUGAGAUCACUGAAAAUAAACUAGAAGAGCAGAAGUCGGGAAAGGAACCAACUUUCAAGAACAUAGGUGACCAGAAAUUCAGAUCAGAUCAUACUACUGAAAAUAAACAGGAGGGAGAGGAGAAAUCAAGAAAGAAAUCAGUCGACAUGGAGGAAGAUAGUCAAGAAGCCAGACCUGAUCAGGCUGCUGUGAAUAAACCACAAGAGGAAAAGUCAAUAAAAAAACCAGUAGACAAGAAAACAGCUGACCGAGAACUCAGACCAGGUCAGGCCACAGAAAAGAAACAGGACGAGCAGGAAAAAUUGAGAAAGAGGCCAGUUCACAAGGCAGAAUUUAGUCAAGAGCUCAGACAAAGUGAUGCUAUUGAAAAUAGACAGGAAGAAAAUAAAAAAGUAAAGAAACAGCUUGGCAGGAAAAAAGGUGAACAGGAGCUUGGACCAGAUCAGACCACAGAAAAGAAGAGAGAAGAGGAGGACAAAUUGGGAAAGAAACAAGUUGAAAAGGAAGGUAGUCAAGAAUUCAGACAAUAUCAGGCUACUGAAAAUAAACAGGAAGAAGCAAAGUCAGUAAAGAAACCACUCGACAGGAAAAAAGGUGACCAAGAACUUGGACCACAUCAAUUUACUGAAAAUAAACAAGAGGAGGAAGAGAAAAUGAAAAAGAAAGCAGUUGACAAGAAGGAAGUUAGUCAAGAAUUAAGACGAAAUCAGGCUACUGAAAAUGAACAGGAGGAGAACAAGUCGCCAAAGAAACCACUUGAAGGGAAAAGUGGUGACCGUAUACUCAGACCAGAUCAGACCACUGAACACGUACAGGAAGAGGCUGACGAAUCAGGAAAGAAACUGGUUGACAAGAAGGAAGUUAGUCAAGAACUAGAACAAAAUCAGGCUACUGAAAAGAGACAGAAAGAGGAUAAGUCAGGAAAGAAACGAGUUCACAAGAAAACUGAUGACCAAGAACUAAUACCAGAUGAGAGCAAUGAGAAUAAACAGGAAGAAGAGGACAAAUUAAUAAAGAAAUCAGUUGACAAAAAGAAAGUUGCUCAAAAACUCGGACGGGAUCAGGCUACUGAAAACAAACAGGAAGAAGAUAUGCCAGGAAAGAAACUAAUUGACAAGAAGGAAAAUGCCCGAGACUUUGUAUUAGACAGUCAUGCAUCUUUGAGUAGUCAAAAAGAAGGGGAGGGCAAGUCAGGGCAAAAACCUCUUGACAAGGAAGAAAUUGCUCGAGAAGUUGAACCAGCUCAAUCUGUUAAAAUUAAAAAAUCCACUGGAGAUAUUGAUGUAUCUUUGGAUAGUUCACAGGAAGUGGGGACAUCUGCGAUUUCUCUCAGCAGAACUGAAGCUCACGAUGCGAAAAGUAAGUCCGUGAAAACAAUUCCCGCAAAAGUUGUGGAAAUCCAAGAGCAGGCAAAGGAGCUUAUUAUUGAGGCAGACAAACAGGAUGCUGCUGUGGAUUCUGAUGGCAAUAUCUCUACUUCUGUUUCAAAGGCCAGUGCUCCAGAAGUCCAGGCACUUGAAAAAUCUGAAACUGGGCGGAGCUCUUCACCGACAAAAUCAUCUCUAAAACGUAGAAGAGAUAGAUCUCACAGUGAACCGAUAGACAAGGAUAGUAAAGGUGAUGAUGAGAAGCCAAGUGCAAAACUUUUGAAGACAGACAGUUCAGCAUCACAAGAGAAAAUAAUCUUGAGAGUGAGAACACAAAGUCUCUCUUCUGACGGAGACAGCAGAAAAUCGCCCGUGGACCCAGCCACAUAUUCUCCAAAAUCUGCAGCAAGUACAGGGAACAAAAGUGCUGAAGAACCUACUGUUCCGAAGCUGACAAUAAAAAUACCGAAAGCCGACGAUACUGUGGCAAGUCUGAAAAUGGAGAAGUCUGAAAGGAGCAGUCCGAAACAUCAAAAACAGGUGGAUAUGGAAACUGUUCAUAGUGAGCUAUCUGCUGAAGAAAGUAAGAGAGGGAAAGUAGCGUUAAAGAUAAGUAUACCAGCAGAAAAACCAUCUGAAGAAUGCAGGCAGUCACCAAAAUUAGAGAAACUAACAAUUAAGAUACCUAAGCAAGGAGAAGGAAAGCAUUCUGAACCGUAUAUUGACUCACCCAGAUCAAGAGAGGAAGGAAGGGUGGAAAAAUUGACACUGAAAAAGGUGAAAGGUCACUUUUCACCUGUUACAAAAGAUGAUAGUCUGCAAGGAGAAUCUAAAACUGAAAAAUUUCACAAAAAAGUGCCAAAAAGUGAUGGGGCCAAUGUAUCAUUUGCAGAGGAAGAGAGUAAGGAAGUGGGAACUAAUGAUGGCGGACUGCUGCUACAAAUUGCGAAAGUAGCAGAUGUGAAGCAGACGAGUAGUAAUCUUCCAGAAGCAUCAGUUGAGGGAGAACCGAAGGUGGAAAAGUUAACACCAAAAGUAACGACUGAGGCAAAAAUGUUGGAAGCUACCAGUACUGAUGCUACUGCAAAAGAAAUAGUUAAAACAGAAAAAGUUAUUACUAAACCCUUGAAGUCAGCUGAUAGCGUAGCAAUUGAAGCAACAGCAGAAACUGAAGAACCCAAAGUAGACAAAUCCUCAUCGAAAACAAGAAAAGCGGCACAAGCGUGUCCCACAGUUUUGGCAACAGAGACAAAAGAUGAUGAAAUUGCAAUAGAAAAACCCUCGCAAAAAAUGUUGAAGUUGAGAGAAACCUCUGCAUCUCCUGCAGCAGAAAUGGAAGAAGGAAGGAAAAUGGAGAAAUUGACUCUGAAGUUCUCUAAAGACUUGGAAAGCAAGAGCAGCUUCAGAGUUUCCUCUCCAGUUCCAAAGGAAGAUGGAGGGAAAAUUGAGAAACUCUCACCAAAAGUGACAAGAGCAUCAGAGACAAGUGCGACUUCUAGUGCUCAGAAGCGGCACGAGACUGAAGUGCAGCACGGAAGUUCUGAUAGGAAUAAGUGUCCAAAAUUACAGACGCGCAGUGAAGCUACAGUGGUUAAAGACUCUGAAAGACAAGAAGAAAUGCAUGUUGAGAAUUUACCAUUAAAAGGCAUAGGAGCCUCUGGGGCAAGUACUGCCAAAGGCAAACAGCUACUGGUGCAAAAGGACUCUCCUAAGAAGGAAAAUGUCACUGCUCAUCAGACAUCGCCACAUAAGAUGAAGGACAAACAUACAAAAUUGAGUACAGAAGCUGAAACUACUGGAGACGACAAAGGGACGAAGCUGUUGUCGGCUGCUGUAAAAAUAGAGGAAUCAGUUACAGAAAUUUCUGUGGCAACUUCAUCUUCCAAAGAAUGUGAAGAACGUGAAGAAACGUCAGAAAAACUGCCUACAAAUUUGGAAGCACCGGUUGAAGAAAGUGGAAAGCACAAGCUCCCAUCAUUCGAGGAAAUUGAAGGAGGAAAUCGAGAGGACACGAGGGAGCCAGAAGAUCUUUUGACACUGAUUUCUAAACAAGAAUCUGAACAUACCCUAAUGUCACAGUUACCAGUAAUAAUAGAUGUCAGAAGUGAACAGGAAACGGGAUCACUGUCAUCUAUCGAUGACGUGCAAAGUAUUGGAAGACUCUCAGAUUCACAAGAUUUUGAUGUCAUAGAAUCUGAAGAAAUCGUACGAGGCACAAACAAACAGAAGGGAACAGAAGUUUCAGAAACAAAAGAGCGUCAGGGCUCCAGAGCCGGAAUAGGCGACAGCCGUGUACACGAAUCGUCGGCCCGCAAGAGAAGUGUGUCACCUCUGCAGUCUAUCCUCAAAGAAGCACUUGCAAGAGAACAACCUGUUACAUCGGUAGCUCAUUCUGAACGAUCUAAAGCUACCCUUGUGAAGAGUGAAAAAGUAAGUACUUCUUCCUCAGAAAGAAAAGUGGCAAAGGAACAAGUUCCAGCUAAAGGGACAAAAAUGGCAGUUGAAGUCAGUAAAUCGGUGCAUGUCAGCAGUGUAGCUAGCCGUGAAAUAAAGAGUGGUGAUGGCACACAUUCUAAACUGGAAAUUUUCGAAGUUAAGAGUGGAGCGCUCCAUAAUCGUGAUAGGGUAGCUGCCAGACAGAAACGGGCGAGCUCUGGUGAGCAGAUACUAGAGCGGGAAGUGAGAGUGCAAAAGCCUAACCCGAAGCAAAAAGCUCUUCUGUCUCCAAAGCAACAGAAGAGUGCUUCAGCAAUGGAACUCGGUGAAUCCACAUCUUCGAGAGCUGAACACUCCAGCAAUCUUGAGAAAAUGGCACCGAGACUGCCGACAGCAGAUAUACCCAAGUUGCUGAAGAUACCAGGAAGACAGAAGAGACUCACCGGUUCUUUGUUGUCAUCACCACCGCCAGCAAACCAGAAUCAGCAAUCUACUGUGAAAGUGAUAGAACUGGGUGAUAUCGGUGAGGGUGAGUCACCAUCGACCAGGAAAAAGAGAGAGUCUGAUGUGGAGAGUAUAGAAACCGUUCGCACAACCACUCCUAUAGCCAGGAAGCUCUCGCGCUCGUCUAGGUCCUCUGUCGAAUCUGUUGAAGACACCUCUCCUAGUAAGAAGUUGCGCCUGGAAACGGAAGCAGGCUCACCGCCUCCCGCCAGCGCAGCUCCCCACAAACGACAGUCCCUGUCGCCGGCAGCAGCACAUGUGCCUGUGAAGAGGCAGCGGGGAUCCUCCGGACCUUCUGGCGACACUCCAGACGAGCCCCUGGAAGUGGUCCCUCCUGCUGCAGGUGUGGAACGCCUCCGUGCUGUACUGGGUCCUGACAUGUCCAUCAGUCUGGCGGGCCAUAGGACACCCACGCACGACGAAUCCUCUGGUGCUUCGUCUGAGGAUGUUCAGAUAAUAGAGGUGGUGGAAAGGCAGCCACCCAAACCACCCCAACCUCCCCCAGUUGAUGCCUUUGAUGACAAUAGCUCACAGGAUGUGAUCAUUGUCGAGGAGGUGGGCACACCAAUGCCACCAGCUCGUAUGCCAGAAAUGCCGACACGUGGUGGUAAGAGAAUGAGAGGCCGACCUCGGCGAAUGAGUGUGCAGCCCACGAGCCCUGUCUCGCGCCACCAUGAGGAGCCGGUGCCGCCACCUGCCCAGCAAGUCGCAGAUCCCGGCUUGACGGCAUCCGGAAGGCCAAAAAGGUCGUGCCGUGGUCGUGAGCUUCCUUUCGUCGAAAAGAAGAAGACACGUGCUAGAGGUGGCGGUCGCAGACGCAGAGGUGACACACUGACAGAUCAUCGUCCAGGUGGCCUGUCUGAGUUUGCACGCAGCUUCUCUGGGUCUCUCUCUCCAACCAGCAUCUCCGGUGCUAUUCCACACGAAAUGUUACCACAGCCGGCGAAGAAGAGCUUCACGUUGGGUGACAAGUCUCCUUCCGUGCUGUCCAGGUCAGGUGCUAUUCCACAAGAAACGUUGCCGGAUCCAGUGAAGAAGAGCUUUGCAUUAGGCGAGAAGUCUCCUCCCACACUACCCAGAUCCAGUGCUAUUGCACACGAAGUGUUACCAGAGCCGGGGAAGAAGAGCUUCGCAUUGGGCGAGAAGUCACCUCCUGCGCUACUCAGGUCGCCUCCUGGCCUGCUGUCUCCUCCGAGGGUGAAGUCCCCCGAACCCAAGUCACCCCCAUCGAAGCACCAGAAGGCAGGACCAGGAAAGAAGUCCGCCGCCACUGCUAGGCGAGCGUCACUGGUGGCUGCAGAAAAAGAGGCACUACCAGCAGAUUCCGAGGCAGUCACCGAAACCACUAGAAGAAGGUCGACAGAGACGAGGGAAACGCAGCGUGCGGACGGAGAGCCGACUGCGGCAACCCCGGAUGUGAUCGUUGAACCUCGCACCCCUGAGCCUACUGGCGAACCUACGGCAACUGCACAGAGUGUACCUCUUGUACCAUCAGGACCACCAUCACCGAUGCAGGCUCCACCGAUGGCAAGCGAGCCUCCAUCACCGUGCCCUGCUCCAAGUACAGUGCAGGUGUUCGAAGAAGAGACACGCAUGAGUGCCGAUGGUGCAGUAGUUGGGAGAAUGGCAGAGCCUGAGAGUGCAGAAGGCAGUCGGGCUCAGUCGCCGGUGCAGAUUCCUGACAAGAUCCCUGUGGCCAAGACACCAGGUGCGGAAGGAGUUGGUGAAGAAUCUCAGGGCAGUGUGAUCAGCACAGCGACAACUGAAAGUGUGAAAAAGAAGAAUCGUAUGGAGGUGUGUGACGCAGAAAUCAAGGUGUUCACAGUGGAUCAGAUAGCAGAGUACCAGUGGCCAGAAAAGUCUGGCGAUCACUUAAUGAUUCAAGAACAAAUCUCUGAGUACCUCGGUAUAAAGUCAUUCAAGCGAAAAUAUCCUGACCUUCAGCGACGUCCCAUAGAUGCCGAAGAGAAGACCUACCUUCGUGACAAAGGGCUUGUCUCCGAAAACAUGUGUGACAUGGGUCUAACUGCGGUACUCUCGUCAGAAGUGUUGGAUAUCAUGUACACAGAUUUCCAGGACAAAUACGAAGAGUAUCGCCGAUAUCUCCGUGAUCGCCAGGCAAAGGAACUUAGCUCUAGGCAGAAAGGUACCGGGAAUCGGCAGCAGGACACCAAGGAGAAAGCUGUCCAGUCUGCAGCCGAAUGGAAUGCCACAUUCAAUCGUGGCCGCCGCGACCAGCGCCGUUGCUGCUUUGAUCUUCAGACGUUCACCAUCCACUACCCACAUAAUCGUGCAGUGAAAAUGGUUCCGAAGGAUGUUCCCAAAAUUGGAUAUUACCCAGUCGCGCUCAUUCCUGGACAGUAUACUGAUUAUUAUAAGAGCUAUACACCUGCGGAGCUCCGCUACUUCCCUCUCAACACGGUGCUGUACGGUCCGCUGAAGCCCAACGAACGACACCAGGAGCCUCUGCCAGGCUCUGGAGGUGGCGGCUCAGAUGGGAGCCAGUCCGACUCCGAUGAUUCCAGCUCCUCUUCAGAUUCGAGUAGCAGCUCUUCGAGUGACGGGAGCCAGGAUUCGGACGACAGUGGAUCUGAAGCCGGUGAUGUGGUAGACCGAACGGACGAUAAGAAGCCUGCGGUGUCGGACGAUAAUGCUGGCGGCGGCACGCCUACUGUCAACGGGACCGUCAUCAAGGUCGAAGAUGCGGCAGAGCUGAGGGACGCGACUGCCCGGUGCAAAGUGUGUGGCGGCGACCGCAACCGCAAUAUCAAGACGGGCCGGCCGGAGCCUCUGGUCCACUGUGCGAGCUGCACACAGAGCGGUCACACGACCUGCCUCAACCUCACCGUGGACAUGGUGCCUCACAUUCGUCGCUACGACUGGCAGUGCACCGACUGCAAGAUAUGCAUCCAGUGCAAGGACCCUGCCGAUGAGGAUAAGAUGCUCUUCUGUGACAUGUGCGACCGUGGGUAUCACAUUUACUGUGUGGGGCUACGGCGUGUGCCGAGUGGACGCUGGCAUUGCAAGGAAUGCUCCAUCUGUGGCUCUUGUGGAGCGCUGACUCCUGCUGGCAAUGUCGACCCAACUACCACAAACAACGGCUCCAAUGCCUCUGUAAUAGUGAAUCCACAGUGGCAGCACGAGUACAAGAAAGGAGAGAAAGGCACUAGAGUCUAUGCCCAGACACUUUGUGUUCCAUGCUCCAAGCUGUGGCACAAGGGGCGUUACUGCCAACUGUGCUGCCGCUGCUUCAACAACCGCCCAGAGGAGGAGCCGGGGCUCAUCUGCUGCUCUGUCUGCCAGAAGUGGAUGCACGCUGAGUGCUGUAAUGUAGUGCACCGUGAAGCGAGCCGCAUCACGAGUUUCCUGUGUGAGAUGUGCCAGGAGAAAGGCCAUGCGGGGCGCGCACGCUCCCCGUCGCUCGUCAAGAUUCCCCACCCGGGACAGCCAUCCUCGGGGCCGGCUCUCUUGCUGGCAGCACCUCUGCGAGCCUGCUGAUAGGCAGAGGACAGUAUCGUAUCUCCUAGAGGCACUAGUUUACCCAAAAGUGGUGUGCCACGGCAUUCAUCUGUAUGACCAGGUCUUUGUAUCUUGCCGUGAGAUCUAUGCUGUAGCCAAUGUCACUUUCUUUUUUGUUGUGUGUGUGGAACAAGUGUACUGCCAUCUGAUUUAAGAAAAUGCCUACAAGAUUUAGCCCAGUUUUCUCAUCUGUUCUGUAAAGUGUAUUUUCUAUAAGAGUGCUAGCCACUGCCCAUCCUGUACUCAAAUUCUGGUCAGUUCUGAACUGCAUGAUUACUUAUCUCUGAAAGAAUGAUUAUUGCUGCGUAUUAUAAUUUUUCACUGUUGAGAAGUAUUUUUUAGUGUCCAAUGCUGGAAAGGUGACUGAAUUUAGAAUGUAAAGUUGGAGUUGUACAUCACACGAAUGUAAACUCCAGAUGAUGUUGAACAAGUUUCAGUGGUAAUUAUAUGUUAGUGUGAAGCACCUUUUGGAGGCAGAGAGAGAGAGAUGUGUGUGUGUGUGUGUGUGAGAGAGAGAGAGAGAGAGAGAGAGAGAGAGAGAGAGAGAGAGAGAGAGAGAGAAUGCAUGCAUACAUGUGUGUGCACAGGUGCAAAGGGAAAGUACAGAGCAUAUACACUUAUCUGCAGACUUAGAACUUAAUAUAAAUGUUAGUAUGUUUAUCUUUCAUGAUGUAAUGAAUUGAUAUGUAAAAUGAGUUAAUGUGUGUUGUUUAUAUGUUAUUAAUUUUUAUCUGAAGUCUGAAUCACAUUUAUAUUGCUUAGCCAAUCUCAUGCUUUCUCUCAGUGGUAUGUCAGAAAUGUUUGGAUAUUCUAUCACUUUUAAAGCAAUUUUUAUUUCAGUUAUUGAAAUGUCCUAUUGUUCCUCUAUACAGAUUUUUAUUAUGCUCCUGCUGAGGGAAAUUCAUCAAUAUUUACUACCGUAUAAAUUCUGUUAUUAAAAUAAGAAAUAAAAAGACUGCAAAUUAAUUCAAUGCGAGUGUUUAAUUUUAAUGUCGGAUGUAAAAGGAGGAUUGCUCAAAGACGAUAAUUCCAUAGAAAUGUUGGAAUUGUAGAUCAACCCUGAAACAAAACAUUUCUUAAAUGUGUUU